UCAGCCUCGUUCCCGGGCAGUAUAAAGUUUGCUGUCUCCUUUGUUCGUCCUCGUUGCGCAGUAGUGCUAGCGGCUUUCCUCUUUCCUCGUCUGUUCCGGCAGGUCUCCCUUGUGCUGAGCUGCUAGGAAAGCCCUGUUGGCGAGCUCGCAGGAGCUUGAACCCGCCGUCACUCCUCCGACUCUCACCAGGGAAAAAAAAUGGUUGAAGCCGACCGCCCAGGAAAGCUCUUUAUUGGUGGCCUCAAUACAGAAACAAAUGAGAAAGCCCUUGAAGCAGUAUUUGGCAAAUAUGGACGAAUAGUGGAAGUACUCUUGAUGAAAGAUCGUGAAACCAACAAAUCCAGAGGAUUUGCUUUUGUCACCUUUGAAAGCCCAGCAGAUGCUAAGGAUGCAGCCAGAGACAUGAAUGGGAAGUCUUUAGAUGGAAAAGCCAUCAAGGUAGAACAGGCCACUAAACCAUCUUUUGAAAGUGGUAGACGAGGACCACCUCCACCUCCAAGAAGCAGAGGCCCACCAAGAGGUCUUAGAGGCGGAAGAGGAGGAAGUGGAGGAACCAGGGGACCUCCCUCACGAGGAGGGCACAUGGAUGAUGGUGGCUAUUCCAUGAAUUUUAAUAUGAGUUCUUCCAGGGGACCACUUCCAGUAAAAAGAGGACCACCACCACGAAGUGGGGGUCCUCCUCCGAAAAGAUCUGCCCCUUCAGGACCAGUUCGAAGCAGCAGUGGAAUGGGAGGAAGAGCUCCUGUAUCACGUGGAAGAGACAGUUACGGAGGCCCACCUCGAAGGGAACCCUUACCCUCUCGUAGAGAUGUUUAUUUGUCCCCAAGAGAUGAUGGAUAUUCUACUAAAGACAGCUAUUCGAGCAGAGAUUACCCAAGUUCUCGUGAUACGAGAGAUUAUGCACCACCACCAAGAGAUUAUACUUACCGUGAUUAUGGUCAUUCCAGUUCACGUGAUGACUACCCAUCAAGAGGCUAUAGUGAUAGAGAUGGCUAUGGUCGUGAUCGUGACUAUUCAGAUCAUCCAAGUGGAGGUUCCUACAGAGAUUCAUAUGAGAGUUAUGGUAACUCACGUAGUGCUCCACCUACACGAGGGCCCCCGCCAUCUUAUGGUGGAAGCAGUCGCUAUGAUGAUUACAGCAGCUCACGUGACGGAUAUGGUGGAAGUCGAGACAGUUACUCAAGCAGCCGAAGUGAUCUCUACUCAAGUGGUCGUGAUCGGGUUGGCAGACAAGAAAGAGGGCUUCCCCCUUCUAUGGAAAGGGGGUACCCUCCUCCUCGUGAUUCCUACAGCAGUUCAAGCCGCGGAGCACCAAGAGGUGGUGGCCGUGGAGGAAGCCGAUCUGAUAGAGGGGGAGGCAGAAGCAGAUAUUAAAAACAAACAACUUUGGACCAAAAUCCCUGUUCAAAGAAACAAAAAGUGGAACUUAUUCUGUCAUAACUACCCAAGGACUACUAAAAGGAAAAAUGUAUUACUUUUUUUAAAUUUCCUGUUAAGUUCCCUCUCCAUAAUUUUUAUGUUCUUGUGAGGAAAAAAGUUAAAACAUGUUUAAUUUUACUUGGUUUUUAUGACAUUGCUUUUCAACAAGCAAAUGUUAAAUGUGUUAAAACAUGAGUUGUGUACUAGUGUUGUAAUUUUCCAAGUGUCCCUGAAGGCCACCUCCUGAUUUUCCCCAGUAAAUAAGGCAAACAAUUUUAACAUCUUCCACAAACAUCUAGCCAUCUAAAAUGGAGAGAUGAAUCCUUCCUAUACAAACAAGCUAGCUAUUAGAGGGUGGUUGGGGUGUGCUACUCUUAGGAUUUCAGAGUAUCUUACAACUGAAAUCUCAAUGUUCUCAGUAUGAAAAAUCUGAGAUCAGAUGCUUAUGUAAGGAAAGUGCUAUUCACCCAUAAAUCCAAAAAAGCAAAUGGAUAGUGCUGGCUAUAUUUUGCCUUUGACAUUUCCUUGGGAAUCUACAAGAACCUCCCCCCUUCCCUCCUCCCCCAAUAAGACCAUUUAAGUGUGUGUUAAGCAACUACAGAAUACUAAAUAAAAUUUGGCCAAACCAACCAUGAAGCUGCAAACGAUGCUUGCUCUUACUGUUUCAAAUUUUUGCAACUCUGUAGUGUCUCACUUUUAAGGAACAGCUUGAUUGCAAAGGAGAAAAUAGAUAAGCAAUGAAGUUAUCUCCAACUUCUCAAAGGCUUAUGACUUCUAAAAAGUGAAUCUAUCAGCAUUCCACAUCAGAUUUAAAGCAUCCAAUGCCUGAAACAGCAAAGAUGGUUGAGGAUUCUGGUCAUAUGGUCAUGAGUGCUGGUUUAUUCACACUAGAUAAAGCAGCAAGACCAAAUGAAAUGUUAAGAGUUACUGAAGCAGAAGAAUGCUGGUUGCAAAGGCACAAGAGUUGCAUAAGCAGUACUCAUCAGAAGUGGUUCGGUGCAGACAAUAGAUUGUUGCUUUAAAGGAAUCCUGAGGAAGGCAUCAAUGUUCCUUGGUUAGCACUCUUAACCUAGGGGGAGGGGUCCUUACUUAAAACAAGUAAUUGACCAGGUGGAGAAAGGGGAACAAUUGAGAAAAUUGGUAAGUGGAGGUAGUUGAGAAGUUCUUGUGGUUCCUUGUCGACUUUACAGUUUUGGCUUUCAUUUUGUUCAGCUAAAGUCACAUUGACAACUCCACAGUUUAGACCUUCCUAAUGAUCACUGUCAUAAAGUUGAAUUAGAAAAAAAUGAAAGGCAUUAAGUGGUGGUUCUCAAUCCAGCAAAGUGAUUUUCAGCAAAUGAAACAUUUUUGCAUUCAUCCAGAAGUGGGAUUUAGUUACAAAGUAAAACAAAAGAGUAGUAUCUGGAAACUAAAAGUAACUGGAAGCACAGAUAAUAUGCUUGAAAGGACACUUUAAAAAUGAGAUAAAGUCGGGCCAGUUGGCUUUUUUUUUUUUUUUUUUUUUUUACUAUUGUAAGCCUACUUUACCCACACUUGGAAACAAAAGAUAAAACUUCAUAAGUGUCAGUAGUAUAAAAAGCUAAUGUUCUCAAAGGAGACAGAUUUGAGUUGGGUUAGAAGAACCAGCUCAACUUCUGAGGAUUUUUGCAUAGUGAAAAGUAUGCUCAUGUUUAACAUUUGCAAUUGUGGAAAGUGAUAGAGAUUUAACCCUCAUUUGACAGGCUUCUGUAAUCACAGACCCUGAGGAUAUUGGCCAAAUUGAAAUAGCUGCUGUGCUUACAUAGCUGUCUUCCUCAGUCCUUUACUUGGGUUUAUCCUGAGGACCGUUUGACCCUGGAUUUUUGGAUACCAUGAAGAUAUUAUAGAACAUAGAUUAAAGCUAGUAAAUAUGAAUGCUAAAUUAAAAUUUUAAGUAUGCUUAAAUGACCAGAUAGCUGUAUGGAAAUUAGUUUACUGACCCAGUAGACUUAAUUCUGCUCCCAUUGGAAAAAGAAUCUUACUGAUUCUUCCGGCUUUACACUGUUGUAAAAGAAAUAAUGACAGUGUUUUCCUUGUUGGACUGGUAGUGAAUAUAGAACUUAGGUGUCAGAUAAGUUUCUCUUUUUGGAAUGUUUUGUAUCUGAAACUUAAUAAAACUUAAAAUGCU